GAUCUAGUUAUGUAACUGUAACCGAGAACUUUGAACUGAGAGUGAAAGUAGGUCACGACAACUACAUCUGUGGAGAGUCAGAGGAAUCAAAUAAGGGAGAAUUAAAACUUUAAAAUGUCAACUGAAGUGCAUGACUGUAUCGUCAUUGGAGCUGGGAUCCAGGGUUCGAGUACAGCGUAUCAUCUGGCCCAAAACAAACAGAAAACAUUGCUGCUGGAGCAGUUUGUUCUGCCCCACUCCAGAGGGAGCUCUCAUGGCCAGACCAGGAUCAUACGGAAAGCUUAUGAGGAAGAUUUCUACACAAAGAUGAUGCAUGAAAGCUAUGAGCUUUGGGCCCAGCUUGAGAGGGAGGCAGGUGUUCAGCUCUUCAGACGCACAGGCCUGCUGGUUAUGGGUCCAGAGAAUGAAGAGGGUUUUUCAAACAUAAAGGCCACAUUGCAAAAAAACGAAGUUCCAACUGUGUUGCUGGAGAGGAAAGAGUUCAGCCAGCACAUUCCUAAUGUGAAUCUGACGGAUGGGAAUGGUGCUCUCGUGGACACCACUGCUGGAGUUCUGUAUGCAGACAGAUCACUCAGAGCUAUACAGGGCCUGUAUCAGAAUAAGGGGGGUGUGAUUAAGGAUGGGGAGAAGGUGAUUGACAUCAAGCCUGGUGCUGUGGUCACUGUAACAACUGAGUCAGGAGUGUAUAGAGGGAGGAGCCUGGUGAUCACAGCGGGUCCCUGGGCCAACACACUACUGACACGUGCUGGACUGGAGCUCCCGUUGAAGGUUGUUAAAAUAAAUGUAUGCUACUGGAAGGAGAAGAUCCCAGGCACCUACAGUGUCAGCCAUCGGUUCCCCUGUUUUGUUCAGUACAAUCCAAAAGAGGCGGAAAUUUACGGCCUCCCGUCCAAUGAGUAUCCAGGAUUAAUGAAGGUGUGUUACCACACGGGCAGUGAAACCGAACCGGAUGAGAGAGAUAAACAGAAGGAUAGAGGGGACAUCGAUAUACUCUCGCGAUACAUCACCCGCUGUUUCCCUGGGCUGGUGCCAGCGCCUGCUGUAGUGGAGAGCUGCUUGUACACAGUCACACCCGAUCAUCACUUCGUCCUUGAUUGCCACCCAAACUACAGCAACAUCAUCAUCGGUGCUGGAUUCUCAGCGGUCCGCCUCCCCGCAGCUCUCCCGCCCUCUGUGCAGCUGUUGCAUUUGUGCCUUUGGAGAAUCUAAAGGGUGCAAAUUGGAUCCAUUUCAGGGGCAAAUACAUAAACCACCGCACCGGAUGGGAAGUUGCCCCUCUUCCACUCAGGAUUCGUAUCAAGCCAUGCUCUGAGCACAGGGUCCUCCGGUUGCCGUGGAUACUCAGUCACAUCAGCCGGGUUUGAGGCAGAACAGAAGACCCUCCGUGCGCACGUCUGACGGUCAAAGCCAUAUCCACUCAUAGCCCAGGCCUUCAAGACUUCAAAAGACCACCCAAUGCACAAAAGCAAAGAGCUGAGAGUGUUGGAGAAUGUAAUGCAUUUUAAACACCAGCUCCAGUUCUCUCUUAAAGGGAUACACUGUAAAAAAAAAUACAGAAUUAUACUGUUAUUUUUACAGAUUUUUCACUUAUAAUGUCCAAAAACUGUUUUUAUAGGGUUUUCACAUAUUUUUGAAAUACGGUCAAAUCACAAAAAAGACUACAAAUUUACAAUAAAAACAUGGAAAGCAUGUCAUUUUACGGGGGAAACUUAUUUUUACGGCGCCCCAGAUGUCAGACCAUUUCUGUUUUUUUAUAUAGUCUAUUUUUGAAAUGCAGUAUUCAAUGUUUUUUUACAAGAAAAAACAUUAAAAAAAUGUCAUUUUACAGAAAAACCUGUUAUUUUACGGUAUAUUUCUGGUGCACCAGUGGCCGGAAAUUUUCCGUUUUUUUAGAUUGCGAAAGUGUGCCAUUUAUUUACGCUUGUAGUAUUUUAUUUCGUGCAACACAGAAAGCAAAAUGUUGACUCUUGACCUUAUUUUCUAUACAACUAAUGUAAAUGGGGACUGGGGUAUUCAGUCCCUACCAUUGGGCGCAAAAUCUCCUUUUGUGUUUCAUAGAAUGCAGAAAGGAAUUUGGGUUUGAAACAACAAUUUAAACAACAAAGAUUAAAUUAUAACAGAAUUUUCAUUUUUGGGUGAAUUGUCCCAUUAACACACCCAUGAACACAUAAAAACACUGUUCUGUUAGGCCACUCUAUUCAAUGAGGAGACAAAUUUUCUUAAUUCAGCAUUUGGCCAAAACCAACCCGGGAAAUAAAUGUUCUGUGACAGCGGGUGUGAUUGCCAGCGUGAUUUAUUUUUUGUCUCCAAGCUCUCUCAUGCAAAGGCUUUGUGAAUAAGACGGCAGAUAAUGGCUAUUUAUAGAGGGCUAUUGUGUUUGCCCACAAAGUGCAGUUCUUUCGCUCUGGUAUAUUGAAUGAAUGUAAACUCUGUACUGUGAUGAUUCACCUCUCUGU